AUCACUAGUCGCGGCAGUAUUUACUUAUGUACAAACACACAUGACAAACUAACUAAUAGAAAUGAAUAAAACCCUACAGCCUCGGAUAUUGAUAAACUGUUUAAAACACUGGUCACGCUGCUAUGGAACGGAACAGACACAAGCAAAGGCACAGGCACAGGCACGGCCGAAAAAACGUUCUGUGUGCGUUGGUCUUACACAACCGCCAGAUGCGCAGUCGGUGAAAACGGAUUAUAUUGGUCCGCCGGAUCCGAAAUCCAAUCUGCGGCCGUAUGUGCGGCAUUACGAUGAGAAUGAAACUGAAUUGGCCAAUAAAUUGCGACUCUUACGCAUUGAAGUUGAGAAAUGGAAUAUGGAUUUCUGGACCAAGCACAACCAACGGUUCUAUGAGGAAAAAGCGGAUUUCAUACGAUUGCACAAAUUAAGCGGAAACGAUGAGCUAAGCGCCGAUCAAAUGAGUGUUUUUUAUAAAACCUUUCUUGACAAGAACAGACGCAUCCAUAUGAUGUACAAUAUAUCGUGGUAUAUUAAAAAUUUUGACAUGCUCACAUUAGCGUUUGCCGUGGAAGUGCAACAAUUAUUUAACCGAAUUAGGAAAAAGACGUAGUCAACAUCUAUUAAUGUACAUAUACACCCAAUGACAAGUCGGUGUACACACAUAUUAUGUUAAUUGUUGAAGAAAUUUAGUUAAAUUGUUUCACUACAAGAACAAAAAAGUUUUAUGUAAAUAUAAUAUAUAA